AUUAAACUACACCUGAGUCUGUCUCUGGGCUCCAGUGGAGAUGAUUCUGAGCAGGGUGAUAUGGUCGCCAUCCAGUCCGUCAACCUCCUGCUCAAAAGCAUUGGUGCCACACUCACUGAUGUAGAUGAUCUGAUUUUCAAACUGGCUUACUUUGAGGUGAAAUAUCAGUUCUACCGGCGAGAGAAACUGAUGUGGGCGGUGAUCAGACACUAUACUGAACAAUUCCUAACACAGAUGUACGUGCUGGUUUUGGGACUGGAUGUUCUUGGAAAUCCAUUCGGGCUGAUCCGAGGCUUAUCAGAAGGAGUGGAGGCUUUCUUCUAUGAGCCCAUCCAGGGGGCUGUUCAAGGACCUGAGGAAUUUGCAGAAGGUUUUGUUAUCGGUGUUAAAAGUUUACUGGGCCACACAGUGGGAGGCGCAGCUGGCAUGGUGUCCCGCAUAACAGGCACUGUAGGAAAAGGCUUGGCUGCAAUCACUAUGGACAAAGAGUAUCAGCAGAAACGAAGGGAGGAGAUGAACAGACCCACUAAAGACUUUGGAGAGAGUCUGGCUAAAGGAGGAAAGGGUUUCCUCAAGGGAGUGGUUGGUGGUGUAACAGGAAUUGUGACCAAACCGGUGGAAGGGGCGAAGAAAGAGGGGGCUGCAGGCUUCUUCAAGGGCAUUGGGAAAGGCCUGGUUGGAGUGGUGGCCAGACCUACAGGGGGCAUCGUAGACAUGGCAAGCAGUACUUUUCAGGGCAUUCAGAGGGUGGCAGAAUCAACUGAAGAGGUGAAUAAAUUAAGGCCAGUGCGUCUCAUACAAGAGGACGGCAUCAUACGGCCCUACGACCACCAUGCGUCGGAGGGCUAUGACCUCUUUCAGAGGUCUGAGAUUAAACAGCUGGAUGGAGAAGUCUUCAGAGAACACUAUGAGUACCCAGGACACAGAAAAACAAACAUCAUUAUCACCAACAGGAGGGUGAUGUGUGUGAAGGAGAUCGAUGUGAUUGGACAUUUCAAUAAAGAAUGGGAAUGUCAAUUUGAGAAUUUUCAAAGGCCCCCAAGCACAGAGGGAGGAGAUUUGAAGAUAUAUUACCGGGAACAGAACAAAUUAAACCUCAUUAGGAAGGAUGGACAGACGCAGGUGAAAGUGAUAAACAUGAGACAUGCUGGCAUGGCUGAGAGACUGCGAGAAAGAAUCGACAGUGCCCAGUUUGCACGCAAGCAAUAUCAGAUGGCACGGCAGAAAUCACAGCGCUUCAUCAAAAUGGGCAACGUUUAAAUUAGUCAGUCGAACCAUGUAAAUGUGUUCCCACAUCUCCUCCUUAGUUUAAUAUACUGCCUAGCAUUCAAAGUGUCAUGUAUAGAAAUGUAUUUUAGCAAAUGUAUUAGUUAAACUCACUGGGGUUUUGCAUGUAUCUCUGAAUAUUUUGAGGUUUUUUUGGAUGUUUAAGCACUUUGCCUUUUGUUGUCAUGUUUUGCUUAAUGUCGUGAUGAUGGGAGAAAACAAAUUUGGAAAAGAGAUUAAUUAUUUUGUUAGAUUAUUUUGCACAAAUACAUCACUUCAAUAUACAACUGCAAUGUGAGGCUUGUCCAGUUAAGCUCACUUACCUUACUUACAAAAACGAAGACAAAAAUCACCGUUUUCUCUUCUAGAUCAUCCUUCCAUGUUUUGUUCAACACUGACACGUAUGAUAGACAAAACUACUCUCAGCGUCUUGAAUAUUUUAACAUUACAGUGUUUUGUUCUCAUUUGUAUUGUUUUACAGAUGCACAUAUGCUCUUUUGUGCCUUCCGCUGCACUUAAGGAAGUGUACUGUGACUGUGUUGUCACAAAGUGGAGUCUGUGUCACAGCUGUUCCACAGUUUGUUAAAAUGGCAGACCACACCUGCUAUUUAAGGUGGAGACUAUGAUGUGAGCUUAGCUUUACCUCUCAUGGUUACCUGCUUGUUUUGGAAGUAACCAAGAUGUGAUUAAACAGCGCAUGCCUAUAUGUCAAGGAAAGAGUGUGCUGUAUUCCACAGUUUUCCCACAACGAUGUACAGUGAAUGUAAUGUCAAAGCACCUGGCAUUGGAUCCUCUCCAUGUUGCUAAGUAACUGGGCUUCCUGUAUGUGGGUGCAAAUGGCCCCUAUUGGCCUGGUGUGGGCAGGAAAGGAGAGGUUGGCUAUCCCAAGCCCUUUGCUGUGGGUCUUUCCAUGUCCUCUUAUUUCCUAUGCAUCAGUUGACCAGAUAUACACCCACAGGUCAGUGCCAUUGUGUGUAGACAGCUGUAACAGCUAAAGACACCAAAUGUCAUAAAUAAUCUCCACUAAUCCAAUGCAAACACUAGGAAUGUCAGCCAUAACGGCAUAAGCAUUUCCUGAUCUCAUCUGCCUCUCUAGAUAAAAGCUGUUUUCAGAAACAUUCAGUGUUCUGGAACUCAGAUCACAACCUCAUACGUCAAUGCAGUACAGUAAACCGGCAGUAUCUAAUCUAACAUCAGUCUCAUGACUGAACUCUAUUGUGAAAACUAUCGUGGGUUAAUGCACUGUAAUUAAAACUAUAGUUCUGCACUUUAAUUGGACCUUGAUCAAACUUUAAGAGAAUCAAAUUAGCUAAAAAAAAAAUAGAAAUAAAAAAAACAA